CUCAUCCUUGCAGGAGGCGGGGAUGGAGGCGGGGAGCGGCGGGAGCUUUAGCCGAUGGCAGCGGCUGCCCGGCAGCGGAUGCCAGCGGCAACGGGACGAUGGCGAGAAGCCGUGUGGUUUACAAGUACACGGAGGCGGAGGACAAGAGCAUGCGGCUGGGAUUCCUCCUCAUCGCAGCCGGCUUGCUGUCCCUGCUGGGCUUGGGGUGCUGCUGGCUGCGCCCGGCGCUGCAGGAGCGGGGCGGCGGCGGCUCCGCCAACUGCACGGUGCUGGCUGUGCGGCAGCUCGGAGAGCGCUUCUCCUGCACCUUCUCCUGCGGGGCCGCCUGCCGCGGCACGGCUCGGUACCCCUGCCUGCAGGUCCUGGUCCGCACCUCCCGCUCCCCAGCGCCCGCCCUGCUUCAUGAGGACGAGCGGCAGCUCCGCACCAACCCCAAGUGUUCAUACAUCCCUCCCUGCACAAGAGACGAUCAGGAGAACUCUGAGAAUGUCACAUACAAGCAGAAAUACUGGAAGAAGAAAGUGGGUUCACAACCAUUUACAUGCUACUUUAACCAGCACUUGAGGCCAGAUGAUGUGAUGCUGAAGCGCACUCAUGAUGAGACUGUCCUCUUGCACUGCUUCCUCUGGCCCCUGGUUACGUUCCUGGUUGGAGUCCUCAUAGUGGUCCUCACCAUCUGUGCCAAGAGCUUGGCUGUCAGGGCAGAGGCAAUAAAAAAGAAGAAGCACUUGUAAGUGGCAAGGCUGCUGAUGGAGAAGAAAAACCUUCAAGAGGGUCUCAAGUGAGGCAGCUUGACACAUAUGCAGGUCUCUGCAGGGGCACCCAGCUGCGCCUCCUUCCAGUGUCUCAUCUGACAGUGGAGUUGCUCUUGCCUCAGGAUUAUCCUUGGAAGGCUGCCCCAUGAAACGUCAGCUAAUUGCUUCUCCUGCUAUGGCAGUAAAUAAAUAUGUUCUACCAAAAAAACAUCUACACUGUACCAAAUACGCUGUGCACUGUUAGCCCUGAACAACAGCUACCCAGCUCCUAGCGGUAUUGAGAGACAGUUUAUAAAAGCCCUUGAUGAUGCUCAUUUCAUCUCUACAAAGUGAUCUUUACUAUUGUUUAAUAGUAAAUAAUUAAACAUAUUUUAUGAUAGACUGAUAGACUGUAUUUCCAAAAUAAUAAAGUUUGGUUGUUUGGGUUUUUUUUAAUCUUAGUUUUGUUUUGUUUGAAAAAGCUUUAAGACUAAAAUAACCUUGUGCUGAUUUUGUUGUUUUUUUUUUCACUGUGUAGAACUUCCAUUUAAAAUUCAGACUUUAACUUCUGUCUAAAAAAAACUUUCAUUAUCGCCUUUUCACUGUGAAGAUAUGUAGAA